AAUCACGUUGAAUUUUAACAUGGAAUGUCCAUUUUGUCGGGCGGGCUUGCCCCUUGGUAAUGGCAACCCAUUGUACAAACGUGUAGAUCCGGUUUUCAAACUGUAGGAAUCGAGGUCGGUAUCUCAUUAAACUUUGGGAACGUGACCGUAACGUAUCCUGUUUAACAAUGAAACUAAUAUAGAUAAUUAGACUGCUUCGAUUAGCCUGUUAAAAGAUUUAUUGCUUGAUAGAAAUCCGAUUCUCACGAUUCUCAACAUCAUUGAAAUUCCAGUUGGAUUUUAUUCAAUUUGACGGGCUCUCUGAUUUAGAUGAUUAUAUUAUUUGAAAAUUUAUGUGAAUGCGAUCUAAACGAUCAAGGAGUAUUCUGGAAAUUGAGUAUCUUGGCAACGUACCAAACAAUCGCAUCAUCAUAAUGCACCUUUGUCCGCGCGAGGUGUGACGUUAUGUGGACGAAGAUUCGAACUUUACGUAAGUGCGUCUAUAAAUAACAUGGCCGUAUAAAAAUCGUGAAUUACAUGCCAUUAACCGUUCACCUCUUUCGUAGCCAAAAAGAACUCAUCGAAGAUAUAUAUAGGUAUAAUUUCUUGGUUUUUUCUUUCCUUUUUUUUUUUUUUUAUUUUAUAACAGUAAGUUUCAAAUAAAUUAUGAAAACAUUUUCUUAUCGCGUGCUUGUGUACCAAAAAGUAUGUUAAUCAAAAAAAAUUUUUUUUUUAUUUUUUCGACAAAAAGAAAUAAGAAAACGGAACUAAAAUGGCCGAUGCUCGGACGACGACCGAGCCAAGAAUGCGGAUUGGUUAAUUAAAUAAAAUUCAUUAUCUUUAUAUAACGCAUAAGAGUAAGAAGGAAAGAAAAAAAGAAAUAAAAAAUAAAAGAAAGAAAAAAUAGAAAGAAGAAGAAAAAAAAAAGAAAAAGAUUACACAAGUGAAGUACGAGUAACGAAAGGAACGAACGAAAUUAAAUAUGUACCUAUGAACGUGUAACGUGUCGACGGCUGAAGGACUCCGUGAGCGUGAAAAUAGUGCCGAUGAGCAACGAGUGCCUAUCCAAGAUGCCCCCACUAUUGGCAAAAGCCUUCGUAUAGGUUAUAAAGGACUGCGGUGGGUACUAUCCCACUGCACUCUCUCAGUGAAACUCUCAGAGGACCGUAUACUUCACCGUCGAACCCUUCACAAACGGAGACAACAUGAGGAUUUUUCUAUUGGUUCUCGCAGCGUGUCUGCUCGCUUUGUCGGAAUCCGCUCGACCUGCUAUACGACCUCGAGUGAGAGAACCUCAAGUUUAUUACGAAGAAGACAAUCAGGCGGCCGAAGACGAUUUCGAGGCGGUUUAUCAUCCCAGAACACGUGCGUUGCCAUCGGCACGCUCGAAGGAGACUUUGCAACCAUCGAAAGCACCACCCGUGCAAACCAUUCGUAAUUACAACAAGGUCAACGACGAUGGAUCGUUCACGUUCGGUUACGAAGCAGCCGAUGGUUCUUUCAAGGAAGAAACCAGAGGAACGGAUUGCGUUGUAAGAGGAAAGUACGGUUACAUAGAUCCCGAUGGUAACAAAAGAGAGUUCACUUAUGUAUCGGGUAAUCCUUGCGACCCUAACGCACCGAAGGACGAAGAGGACGAUCUUCCGGAAAAACAGGAAGACGACGAUCUCUCUGGACCGGCAAAUUAUCCAUCCGUCAGACCUGUCCCGAUCAGACCGAUCAGGCCAACUUAUCAGCCAACCACCGCACGUACGCCAACGGCCAUAUUCCAAACUCAAUACCAACUCGACGACGAAGCUAGCCAGGAAUUAGAAGAGGAAGUUCAAAAACCCGUACAACUUCGACCUGCGGCAUUUAGGAAGCCUCAACAGUCUUACGUUCAAGUUUCACCAUCUACCGCUCUUUACGAUCCAACACCGACCACCAGUCCCUCGCAAUUCUACAGACUAGCGUCCACCUCGAACGUUCAAUAUCAAACUACAGCCGCUCCUUCGGAAAGAACUCCGUCAACGAUAUCUCCGUUAGCUUAUCAAUCGGUCGAGACUAGCACUCGCAAGGCAGUGACUCGUCAUCAGGUUCGUCCUCAAUCGGUCGCCAUUACACCCAGGCCCCACAUUGCACAAGUCGCCGCACAAUAUGUCUCCCCGAGUAGCACAGAAAGAUCGAUACCGUACAACGCACAAUCACGGCCCACCCCGAGCACCUCGAGUCAUCUUCGCACCAGCGCCAGCCCUUCGAGCUCGGCCCACCUCGAUUUUGCCGCGGAGUUAGAGCGUUACGUUAACACUGUCGGCGUUCCCUCGAAGUCUACCCAACAAGCCACACUUUCACCCUCGAGAGCGAAGCUAGGUCAGACCACGGUCACCACAGUCCCCGCGGAGCCCAUCUAUCAGUCGGAACUGAUUUACGACCCUGCAACUGCCCAGCCCCAGUCCCUACUCGGUCUCCAGCAGCUACAACAGAUCCAGCAGCAACAUCAGCAACAACCGCAGCAACAACCUCAGCGUCAGUCCGCAGUUUACAAGCAACACGUACCGCAACCUGUCCAAUCCGCUUCAAUCUCAGCUGUGUCCGUUGCUCAACCCCAGGAACUUCUCUACAGGAAACAACAGACUCAGUUGCUCAUGCAGUCCCAGAAUCUCUAUGCUCAGCAGCAACAACGUCGUCAGCAACAACAGCAACAGCCGCAACAACAACAACAACAACAACAACCUCACAGACUUCAAUUGCUCGAAUCUCAGAGAGAUCCCCAAGCCUUUUAUUAUGUCGCACCAUUGAGAUCGUCCGGCGCGCCGGCUGGUGGUGCACCUCUUACCGCGAGUCAAAUCGAUCAUUACCUUCGUUCCAGUUCAGCCAACAACUAUUGAUCGGAACGAGAUAGCCACGGAGCGUUUCGUUUUGAUACAUUCGCGAAUUUAUCUUCAGGGUCCUCGAGAGUUGCAUCGAACGCACCGUGUUUAAAACCUUGCUUGCGAAUCUUGUAGAAAGUCGUUCGUCUCGCUACACGCUUGUCAGAUCGAUGUACAGGGAGACAGCUAUACGCGAUUAGUACAUACAUGCAUACAUAUACACAUAUAUACGCAUAUAUAUCAGUGUAUAUACAUAUAUUUUUUUUAACGCGAGAAAAACUAGAGGGUUUCACCGAUCCUUGCGAGACAUUUCGGAAGAAAAACGAAAAAGAGUGUUUAACGAGGUAUCGUCGAAUGCUGCAUGUUGUUACGAGCUCGUUGAUAACAAAAAACAAAAAAAAAAGAAAUGCAAAAAAAAAAUUAUAAAAAAUUACAAAAAAGAGAAAGAAAAAGAAAAAGACUAAAAAAAGUAAGAUUCGAAAGAUUCGGAAAAUCUCUUGGGAAAGUUCGGAACGAUUUGUAUCUUCCAUCUUGGAUCGACGUAAAUGAAUCAAUGCAUGAGACAAACGCGAUAGAGAGAGAAAGCAUACAUACACACACACACACACAUAUAUACAUAUAUAUAUAUAUAUACAUAAAGAAUUUCCCUGACGCAAUGCACCUAUCAAUUUAAUGCUAAAUAUUCGUCGCUAUCGAUCGAUCGACCUAUCGACCUCGUAGCAAAUCGAUCGAUUAUCCUCGCGAACAAUCAACCCGAACAUUUCUUUUCGCUGAACGAUGAGAUUAUUGAUUCAAAGCAACGAAGAAACUUGUUCCUGAAUUAUUACUGGUUACGAUACUUGUUCGUCAAUUAUUACUGAGUAACCAUAUCUAUAUAUAUAUAUGUGUGUGUGUGUGUGUGUGUGCGUAUGCAUAUAUGCUUGCAUGCAUGUAUACGCUUGUAUGUUUGUGUUGAUAUUCGAAUAAUGAGCUCAUAUAUGCAUACAUACAUACAUACAUACAUACAUACAUACGUACGUACAUACGUACGUACUACAUAUAUACAUGUAUAUAUAUAGGUAUCAGGAUCUGUUAUACCUAUUCGGAGAUAUAUUCCGUGAUGUUACGUAAGAAGUCAAGCAAAUUUUGCAAGAUUAUCUCUUGUGGUGGUGGUAACCAGGGAACGUGUAAAACAGAAUUGCGAUGUACUUACUUUCAUCGGCGUGGUCCGCGGACUCCAUAGGAGUACUUACAGGGUACGUUCUAUUCGCGUCAAACCGCAACUUUCUAUUUGUAUUAUCUCUGUCACUGGACAACCAACCGGAUUCUAGUUGUAUCUAUAAUAAUUUUGUUAAAUCAAUGCGUGUCUAUCUAUCUAUGGAUUGAACGGAGACAUCUUUGGAUUUAACGAAUGUCCCUAAUUGGCAUCACCAACAUCGACAACGACGAAAUCGAAUUAUUAAAACUAUUUUUUUUUUUCUUUUCCCUUUUUUAGUUGGAUCAGAAAAACGAUCGGCUCGUGGCAACAUUUUUUAUUAUUAUUAUUAUUAUUAUUAUUAUUAUUAUUAUUAUUAUUUUUUACUUUUAUUUUUAUUAUUAUUUUUAUUAUUACGCUAAUUAUUAUUAUUAUUAUUAUUAUUAUUAUUAUUAUUAUUAUUAUUAUUAUUAUUAUUAUUUACGCUGUAAAUAAUACGCUGCAACUUAGGUAUUAACGUAUUAGCGAUUUGUACUCAUGGAAUAUUUUUUUUUCUAUUAAACAAAUAAUAA